CCCAUAGGUCACCUACAGUCAGGGUCUGUGUAACCUAUAGACAAAACCACACCAGGUCCCAGGAGGGAUGAAGGAGCAACACAGCACGCCUCACACAGCUUGUUCUUCUUACCUUCAACCCAUGAGGCACAUACAAACCUUCUCAACUAUGACUGUCUGUAUCACUGUAUUCCUCAUAUUUUUCUACUCCACCCUAAACCUUGAGACGAGCUCCAGUCACAAGGCUGUGACAGAGGACCACACGGAGCUCCCAAGCCUCCAGGUCCAGGUCCAGGAGAGCACCACUGUGCCUCAACUCAAACUACGAAAUGUAACUGUGUCUGACAGCAUUAAACAGCUCGUACCUCAAAGUGGAGCGUACUGGAACCGCCUUCUGCAUUCAGCACUCAAGAACUUGAGCAAGGGAGAAAACCCCUUCAGACAUGUCUCUGAUUGGUCCAGCUGCAGGGUGACAAACAAAGAGCUUCUGAAAACCAACGUGCAUGACUUUGACUCAUACACGCUCCUUUUCCAGGACUUUCUGGAGAGCAUGGACUGUAGGACUCCACCAGUCCUGAUCAAUCAACCCAAAAAGUGCUUCCCUGCCAGUGGGGACAAAGAAGAUAAUAAAUUACUGCUGUUUGCCAUCAAAUCAAGGCCUGCUCACUUUGAGCGGAGGCAGGCGGUGCGGGAGACCUGGGGUCAGGAGGGGAUAAAGAAUGAGAGUGGGAUUAGAGUGCGCACAGUGUUCCUCAUGGGGAGCCUCCAAAAGGAUGACCCUGACCUCAGCUCACUGCUGUCAUUUGAAGCAAAGCACUUUGGGGACAUCCUGCAGUGGGACUUCCAUGAUUCCUUCUUCAACCUGACGCUCAAAAUGAGCAUGUUCCUGGAGUGGUCGCUGAAAUACUGUCCACACGUCACCUUUGUUUUCAGCGGGGAUGAUGAUGUAUUUGUCAACACACCUCUGUUACUAAGCUACCUGCAGUCUCUGGAUUCAUCCAAAGCCUCAAAGUUGUAUAGUGGACAUGUCUUAGACACAGCAAGACCAAUCAGGGACUCUAAAAGCAAGUACUUCGUCCCUGUGAGCUUCUAUGACAGCACUUAUCCUGCGUAUGUUGGGGGAGGUGGAUUUCUUAUUUCUGGAGCGUUGCUGGAACCUCUUUAUUCAGUUUCACGCGUCAUCCCCUUCUACCCCAUCGAUGACGUCUACACAGGGUUUUGCUUUAUGGCUAUUGGAGUUUCUCCAGAGAGACACCCAGGCUUUCACACCUUCGACAUCAAAUGGGAGAAUCGAGAGAAUCUGUGUGUUCAUAAAGGUCUUACUUUGACUCACGGACGCUCCCCACAGCAGUUACAGAAACUUUGGAGGGGCAUCAACAACCCUUUGUUGAAUUGUUGAACACGAGGGGGAAAAGAGAGCGGACGGUGACUGCAGCCACGUGUGUGCUGUACGUCUGUACAGUUUAAAAUGAUGUAGCAGGAGGAAUCAUGAUCCUAGGUUUUUACAAUCUGCUUCUGAACCAAUAUGUUUUUUAAUUUCAAUUUAAUUUUGCCUUUAAUCACAAAUAUUGAUGCCAAAGGAAUACAGCACACAACUUAAAUCCCCCAAUUAAGGAGUAAAGUUAGUUUGGUUUAAGUAAUUCCAAUUAAAAAUAGAAAAAUGAAUGAAUUAAAUGUAGAAAAGGUGUCAUAGGUGGUUUACAAAGAACUUGAAAAUGAACAGAGCCUGUAGGACUGAGAAGUCUUCUUUAUUCUUAAGCCCCAUUAUCUAUUAACCUUGUUUCCCAGCCUUUUUAUUCACUAUCCUUCCUUCAUUUUCAACCUUUCUGUGAGGUUCUUCAUCAUAAAUCUAUCCUCUAUGUCUUUGUUUUUUACUUGCUGCUUCAGUCUUAAGCCAUCUCUUAAUAACGGCCUCCUUCAAAGCCACGAGGAGGACUUUGACCAGGUAUUGGUCUCCUGCAUGCACAGCUCCUUCCAAAUAUCCAAGGCAUAAAGCAAAACAAGGUCUCAGAAUGACAAAACCCAACACUUCACUGAAAGCAGAUUGAAUAUCAGGGAGGUUGUAUUUUCUUGCAUUUCCAGAAAAGGUGCGUGUAGUUUGGUCUGGGUGUGAUAAAUCAUCUGAUUUGAUUCUUCCACAUGAAUUCUCUCCUUCUCAGUGACUGUGUCGUUGUUUGGUGUGUUUUCCACAUAUCAUACCACACCUCCUCUGUCCCAUUUGGCUUUAACAGGCAAUGAUGAGCUCUUUGGGAUAACAUUGCUGUAAGCAUGAACAAGUACAAGUAGUAACCUCAUUUGUUUAAAUUCUUUUGUUAUAAUAAUUUUUUGUAAAUAUCUGA